AGUGCGCCCCCUGCUGCGCCACCGGUUGAACUGCGGCGGGCUUCCUCUGACUGAGGCUGGAAGCUGCGCGGAAGAGUCGUGGCUCAUCUGCGUCAACAUGGCUGAUGAAACAGCGAAAGCGCAGACCGCCAAGCCCGGCGGGGACACGAUAUUUGGAAAAAUUAUACGCAAAGAGAUUCCUACUACCUUAAUCUUUGAGGAUGAUCAGUGUGUAGCCUUCAACGAUAUCUCACCUCAGGCUCCCACUCACAUCCUGGUUGUCCCAAAAAAGCCAAUUGUUCAGCUGUCUCAAGCUGAGGAUGCUGAUGCUGCGUUGUUGGGCCACAUGCUGAUUGUUGCAAGGAAGUGUGCUAAAGACGCCGGCCUGUCUAAAGGCUACAGGAUCGUCAUCAAUGAUGGACCGGACGGAGGCCAGUCGGUGUACCAUGUACACAUCCACAUCCUCGGUGGGCGCAGCAUGGCAUGGCCCCCUGGCUAACCUCCGGGUUCCAGUGCACACCACCAAUCCCAUACGUGUUCACAUCUGUUGUCUGAUAACCAGUACUGUUAAAUCUGGUGGAGCAAAAAUAUAUCUGUGGAAAUAAAAGGCACAUCACAGCACCA